CACACACACUCAUCUAACCACCCCACUAAAAAUGGUGAAAUUCAUCCUACUACGACUCUUCCAAUCAUGUCGAACUAAAGACCACCCUUCUACCUUACCCCGACAACAACACCACCUCCCUUCACCCGGUGAAUUACCAUGUGUGAAAUCGUCACCAUUUUCGAAACAAACACCCGAGCGAUCUUCCUUCAAAAGCCAUGUCUUCCGCUACGCUUCCAAGUCCACGAACCAACACGUGGACGACAACGAACACUUGCAAAGGCACGUCGUUCCUAAACUGUACGACAUCGAUUCUCCUCGCUCUAAAAUCUCUAGUGACCACGGGUUUCAAAUGCCGUUACUUCCUGUCCCUCCAUCUCCCAAAAAGAAAAACCGCCGCAGUAGAAAGCGGGCGUAUAGUUGCCGGUUUAGCACCAGCUACAAAGUAGAAGAUGAAAAACAACCUGAAAUCCUUACUAGAAGCUUCUCAGAUGAGCGAUUACGACCGAGGCACAACGUAGAUGUUGGAGGCGGUGAGGUAUUAUCGCCAGAGUGGGGUUCCCCGGCUAGAUUGUCUGUGUUUAAGAAGCUAAUGUCAUGUAAAGUGGAUGGAAAGGUGAAAGAGAGCUUUGCAGUAGUGAAGACAUCCGACAAUCCAUACGAGGAUUUCAAGAAAUCGAUGAUGGAGAUGAUUGUUGAGAACCAACUGUACGAAGAUAGUGAUUUGAAGCAACUUUUAGAGUGUCUUUUGUCCUUGAAUACCCGGUAUCAUCAUGGUGUGAUCAUGGAAGCUUUCUCCGAGAUUUGGCACACCAUGUUUAUUGAUCACUGAAUCUAAACCCUUUAAUUAAUCAACUAUCGACAUUGUGGUAAAUAUGACUAUGUAAGUAUCGUUUGUAUUAGUACUCUCUGUUUAAAUUU